AUGGUCAAUCAUUCAUUACCUGUAUUACGUGGUGGUGGUGUUGUUGCUAUUGGUCAAAAACUUGAAUGUGAAAAUGGUGUUUUUGAUCCAGAGAUUUCAUUUGUUGUAUUCAAUGAAACACAGGCUUGCAUAAAGGCAAACUGGUGGCGUUCAUUUGACAAGAAAGGAUGGUCAACUUGUAAGUUGAACAACACAUUUAUAACUGGUUUUUGGCGCAACCAGUUAACCAAUUCUAAAAAUGAUGGAAUUCACAAACUUGAAAUGGCUAAGUGCUGCUCGUCAAGUAAAAUGUACAGAGGACAGAGUAGUAAAUGUCAAAAUGCCGACUGGUGGAAUACUUUUGAUAAACAAGGGACUUGGAGUUAUUGCUUUAACGGGUAUUUCCUAAAUGGUCUCUACCGUACCAAAGGCAAAAGAUUACACAAUAUUGAGGAAGGAAAAUGUUGCAAACCAGUCAAUCAUCCAGACAAGUAUGGUGAUUGUUACGAUGAAGACAUUGGUGAAAAGUUUAACAAAAAAGGAUGGGCAUUGUGCAAAAGAGCUGGGUAUUACAUAACAGGAUUAUACAGAGGUCCUGGAGAUAACUGGCUUCACAGCAUUGACCAAUUAAAAUGCUGCAAAAUGUUUGGAGGUAAUUAUUCGCGGUAACUUUCACUAUAUACCGGCGACAGUUCAUCUAGUAUGAAAGCAGAAUCCCGACAAGUACGUUAAAUAGCUCUUAUUCUUUAAGAUUGUCGUAUAAAUUCUUCUAUAAGG